UUCACGAUUUGCAGUCAUGGAGCUCACUAGGGUUCAGACUCUCUUCUACUCUUUUCCUUCCUCUAAAUUUAGAGGAACUUCCUCUAAUUCACCUUCCCCUUUCCCUUCUCGAAUAUCUCUUCUCUUUAGAUGGAGCUUACCUCCUGCUAAUUUUGUAGCUGCUUUCUCAUUCCUCCCCAUUUCCUCUAGAUUUAGGGCUAAAAAUUUCCUUAGGUGCUCGACCAUGGACGAUGAUGAAAACCCUAACGACAUAUGGCAGGCCUUCUCAAUGCUUUCACCAGAUAUUCCAUGGGACAAGGGGAGUACAUGGAGCACCUUGGCUGUAUACAUACUCACUCUUCACAUUCCUCUAGGCUAUGGAGGCCUAUUUAUGGUCAAGCAAAUAUUGCAUCUCAAUGACCUUAGCCCUCAAACCAAGGCGUUAUCUUUGAUUGUCACCCAAACUUUGGAGCUUCUUGGGGUUUGUGUAAUUCUGAAAUACACUGCAAAUGGAUGCUUUAAACUUUCCGACUUCUUUGAAGAUUCAAAAGAAAGAGAUUGGAUAAAAGUAUCUGCUUUGGGUUCUGGUUUCCUGAUCUCAUUAGCUUUGUUGACAUCUCUCCUUGCUGACAUAGUGGUAGGACCAAAGGGAAUUGUAUAUGUUUUUGCAGUUCUAAUGUACAUAGACUGUAUAUCUCUUCCCUGGGCACACUUGUUCAUGGUUUUUGCAUGUUCGACCACGAGGUGCACGACAGCCGUGUCAGACCCUUUAGAAAUCUAGGUACAUCUUCCUACGAGAGUACUUGGUAUCAUCUAACCCCCCACCCCCGGCGCUGCCACCUCCUCUUUAAAUGAUGUACCGACAUAUUGUGUUCGAAAGGAUAAUUUUAAUAUUGGUUUCUGAUACGCUUAUCUAUGUUUGGGUAACAUAAGCUCUUUCCACAUAACCUCUCACCACUUUGAUGGCCUAUAGAACUAACGGAUUGUCCAUUUCUCUUUACUUUUAUCUAUAGCUUUAUGGAAGGGAGUUUUAAAAGUGGCACGUUCUUCCUCUUAGUUGAGUUUUAGAGCUUUCAAAGGUUUUGAUAGUUUUCUUGCCC